AUGCUCAGUUUAGGUGCGUUCAUCAAAGCUCCAGCUUUUAGUAUAUUCAAAUCGCCCAGUGCAGUCCCAUUUUUGGGAGGUGCCUCAGGAAUCAUAGCUAAGAGAUUCACCCACGAGUAUGCUCCAAGAUAUAAGAGAAUCAGAAAGCAAAUGAAAGGUGAUACUUCAGUCCGUACUGGUGGAUCCAUAAAAGGGAAUGCACUCGAGUACGGAAUCUACGGACUCAGACUCAAAUCGAGAGGUAUCCGUAUGACUGCCACCCAAUUACAAGAAGCAGACAAAGUGAUCAAAAGAGAAAUCAGACCUACCAAUGGUAAGUUGUUCACCAGAUUCAUCUGUAACGUUGCAGUCUGUAUCAAGGGUAACCAGACCAGAAUGGGUAAGGGUAAAGGUGCGUUCUCGCACUGGGCCGCUAGGGUGCCAACUGGGAAAGUGUUAUUCGAGAUUGACGGAACCUUCCACGAAAAGGUUGCCAAAGAAGCCUUGAGAAAGGCCGCUGCUAAGUUACCAGGGAUCUUUGAGAUUAUUGACAAAGAUUCCAAGGUCAGAGUUUCCAUUACCGAUUGUAUCGACAAGCCAGAACCAAUCAACUAUGUUGACAUGUUGAACAAGAACCCCACCAAGAAGUGGGCCAACUUGCAGACAGCAAAGGAUCCUAUGUACAUGUUGUACAGAGGAAGGUAA